AUGACGAAUGUUGAGACCGGUAAUCUCGGACGAGUCAAUACCGCAGGCGCAGAAUUUGGCGAUUUUCACGCCCAAGCAGAAGUGACCCAUGAUGGCAGAGCCAAGAUAAACCUUCACAACUUCAAGCUCGAAGCUAAUAAGCUCAUCUCACAACGACUUGUGGACAGUCCAGUGUGGAAAAUUCCAAUUGGUGAACAUCUCACCAAAAACAACAAGCACCCAACCAAGGAAUUCAAGAACAUAUUAUCGAAAUGUACUCAUACGCCAAGGAUAAAUAUCGCCAUCUUCAUCGUCGGGUCGAGGGGUGAUGUCCAGCCGUUCAUUCCUAUUGCACAGAUUCUCUCAAAGGCACCGUAUAAUCAUCGAGUCCGGAUAUGUACGCAUCCGGUAUUCAAAGGGUUGGUGGAGGAGAACGGCCUCGAGUUCUUUUCUAUCGGAGGAGAUCCUGCUACUUUGAUGGCUUAUAUGGUUAAGAAUCCGGGGCUGAUGCCUGGUCUAGAGAGUCUGAAAGCGGGUGACGUUGGGAAGCGAAGAGCGGAUAUCUCAGAAAUUCUCGAAGGGUGCUGGAGAGCCUGCAUUGAACCAGGAGAUGGAAUGACACCUGCGACCAGAGAAAGCAUAGAAGAUCCAAAACAGCAAUUCAUUGCUGAAGCGAUCAUUGCGAACCCUCCAAGUUAUGCACACAUCCAUUGCGCCGAAAAGUUGGGAAUUCCAUUGCAUAUGAUUUUCACCAUGCCCUGGUCGCCCACUCAAUCAUUUCCACACCCCUUAACUUCUUUCGACAGACAUGAUAGUGAUCCGAAUCUGGCGAACUAUAUCUCAUACACAAUGAUGGAGCUUCUAGCUUGGCAGGGACUUGGAGACGUUAUCAACAAGUUCCGUAUAAGAACCCUUCGCCUUGACCCGAUAAGUCCUUUGUGGGGCCAUAUGCUGCUCUCGAGAAUGAAAAUACCUUUUACAUAUGCCUGGUCUUCGGCACUAAUUCCCAAACCUGCGGAUUGGGGACCUCAUAUUAACGUCACCGGCUUCUCCUUUUUACAGCAAGCUUCAUCAUACCAGCCUGCAGAUGAUUUAGCGGAAUUCUUGAAGGCUGGGCCUCCUCCAGUCUACAUCGGAUUUGGCUCGAUAGUCGUAGACCAUCCAGAGCAAUUGACGGCACUAAUUUAUGGAGCCGUGAAGAAAGCGGGUGUUCGAGCUCUGGUGUCGCAGGGUUGGGGAGGGUUGGGUGGUGACAAACCACCAGAGGGGAUAUUCUUGCUUGGAAACGUACCACACGACUGGUUGUUCCAACAUGUUUCCGCAGUCGUACAUCACGGAGGAGCUGGUACAACUGCUAUUGGUAUCGCUCUCGGUAAACCAACAGUAGUUGUCCCUUUCUUUGGAGAUCAGCCAUUUUGGGGCGCGAUGAUUGCAAAAGCGGGUGCAGGACCAGAACCGGUACCAUUCAAGAAAAUGACCGAAGACUCUCUGGCUCAGAGCAUCACCACUGCUCUAAGCCCUGAUAUCCAGGCAGGUGUGAAAAUUAUGAGCGAGAAGAUAGCUAAAGAAGACGGUGCAGCUGAAGCUGCGAAGACGUUUAGUGACUCCAUAGACAUGGACUCGAUGAGAUGUCUUGUCAGCCCAGACAGAGUCGCUGCCUGGCGGAUCAAGAAUACAGAUAUCAGAUUAAGCUUGGCGGCCUCAUCCGUUCUGAUUGACGAAGGGUAUCUGAAUAUUGGUCAACUAAAACUGGUCCGUCACAGAGAUUGGUAUAUUGACGAAGGGGCCACAGACCCAAUCACUGGCUUAAUAGCGUUCGGCUCAGGCGUAGCGACAAAAUCACUCUCCCUCAUAUUCGACUACGAAAAUUCGCUCUCGAGAACCAUCAAGAAGAAGCGUGCGACGCCCGCGGACGCGGCGAAACAAGCCUCUUUAUCAUCAACUGAUGCUCCUCCAGAACGGAGAUACUCCGCUUCAUGGGACGUUCCUGUAACCCAGAACCCGGUCACAAAGGCGCUUACGUACCCGCCUGAACGAUUGGAAUUGUUCGCCGCGAAGCUGGCAAGUAAGACAUAUGACCAUAAGGCGACCCCAAAGCGGACGAAAAGUGGCUUGCAUCUCGUAAACUUGGGAAAACCAAGUGGCAAGGAGCAUGGCGUUGCGUAUGAAGCUGCACAUGAGACGGGUGACUUUGGUAAAGGGGUUCUAGUGACUGGACUUAGGACUCCCGUGUUGUUCUUCUACAAUUUAGCGAACGGUUUCCAUAAUGCUCCCAGCUUUUGGCUAGGAGACGAGACUGUGAGAAGGCGAGAUAAAAUCACCGGAUUUGGUAGUGGUGUUCGGACAGCCGGAAAGGAAUUCACAUUCGGCCUCUACGAUGGCUUCACUGGGGUAGUGACCCACCCUUACACCGGCGCUCGCAAAGAUGGUGUGGCAGGUUUUGCAACUGGCGUUGGGAAAGGCCUUGGUGGUCUUGUCUUAAAGACAUGCGCUGCUGGCCUUUCGUUGCCUGCGUAUACAUUGAAGGGGGCUGAAAAGCAGUUCGAAAAACGGCGCAAUAGACCCUUGGUAGCCAAGCUGUUAGCUAUACGCAUCAGACAAAGCUUAGCGUCUUUUGAGAGCGUAACUCAGCAAGAGAAGGAUGAGAUCAUAAAGAGGUGGAAAGAGCAAGGGUUCGAUAAAGGGAGCUUUUGA